AUGAUAUGUUAUUAUCAAAAUCUUUUUUUCUUAAAACUGUAAUCAUGCUGUCCACUUGGCAAUAGUUAUUUUCCCGCCUCGAUCACGAUAACUAUGACGGGACGUCAAGAUAGUGACAACGCAAACAGAAGCGGGAAAUUUGUGAUGCCGUCAUAGCGAGCACGAUCCUUACGGGUGAAGGUGGCGAAAAUUGCAAAAGUGAUUACAUUGUAAAAACUAAUUACAUAUUUUGUAAAAUUUGAUUACAAGUUUUAAUGUGCGUACUUAAAUCUGCCUGGAAACUAUGUACUGGAAUUGCUGUGAAGAAAGGUUUUGCUUCGAUAAGAAGAUAGCAACUUACAAACUAGAAGACGUGCCUCCAGCGUACACAAACGGCUAUGCCAACAUGGGCGCGUCCUUAGACAGCGUGGUGACGGCGCAGCCUAUGAACAACAACCACCUGCCUCCUGAAGCCAUCACCGGGAGGGAGAUCAACGAGCUGCCGCUACACGCUGACAAACUUUAUGAGGUAUUCUCUAAAUCAUUAAUAUUUAGAGAUGAACACGAGUUGAAGUCCAAAGGCAGCAAUGAUUCGUUGGAUGACAUAGAAACUAAAUCAGAACCUGACUAUUUAUCAGACAAACCAAACAGGACCAAAGUGUACUUUGAAGACGAGGUGAAUUCGCCGGUAACAGACUUCGAAAUCAUGUUCAAAGAUGAGCUCAUGACAAACUAUGACAUGUUCAAAAUUGACGAAGAAGAAGAAAGUGACAGAAAGAGCCAAGACACUGAAGAAGGAUUGACUAUGAACGUUGUUGCUGUUAGGAAACAAGAUGUAGUUAAACCUAGUACCGUUACAAUGAAAGACGAAACGAAAAUAACAACGCAAAACCCUAUUUACAAAUACGAUCCAAUUUCGGUUGUCGCUUUACCUUCAACGUUAAGUUUACCUCGAGUGGAAAGUGUUAAAGGUAUUUUAAGAAGCAACAGCGCAAAGACUCUUGAAAGGGUGGAUAGUGGCAGCAGAUUGUCUAAGCCAAUGUUAAAUAGAGUCGAAAGUCUUAAGAGUAUAGAUCCUACCAAAAUCAACAAAGUACUAGCCAGAGUGCCUCAUAGAAGUGCAUCUUUCCUGAACAUUCCACAGCAUUUAGCACCAGAGAAACCUCCGUUGAUAAAAUCCAAAUCAAUGGUAGGAGUAACGGCAGCGGGUGAUGCUGAAGUAAGACUGAGCAGUCUUCCAGAUACCCCUAUAAUUAAGAGUACGAAUCUACCAAGAUUCUUUGCGGACAGUCCAGCGAUCCCAGAAUACAAAGGUGAUACAAGUUUACAAAGUAUUAAGAAGAAAACAGAAAUGAUGUUCCAAGAAAAUGACUUCAGUAUGCCGAGGUAUUACGGAACUGUGGCGAAGUCUACAGAAAAUAUCCCCGUUCAUGAGAGCAAGUCCAUGCCCGACUUGAGGAACCCGGCUUCUAGUGGCAAAGUUAGUAAGAGACUCGUAAAAUUAAGAGGCAGGUUGAAGCCUUUAGUGAUUAGAAAGAGCUCUGAAGAAAAACUAUAGGAGUUACUUAAUUCAUUGGCCAAAAAUAUCCACCUUUAAGUUAGUUUAAGUCUUUCUUCUACUUAAUAAUUCCGAUACUAUACGUAAACUAUAAUUUAUAAUAUUGAUCUCGUGUGAAUGACAUAAUGUGAAAAUGUGUGUUCAGUUCCUGUAAUUGGAAAAACAAGAUUGGCAUUGAUUGCCUGAGGGUUCUUAUGAUUAUCUAUAAUACAAACACCCACGUUACACUAAAAUUGAAUGUUUUGGCUUGAAUACCAAUCAUUCUUGUGUAUGUUUAACUAAAUGAAUAAAAUAUUGUCAGAGCCUUAUUGGUAAUAAGUAGAGUCUAAAACAAGUUUUUUAUUAGGUGUGUUACAUGAACUAUUGAUUUGCAUGUUAUUAAAAUGUUCUUUUAGGCACACAAAGACGAACAAAGUAAAAUAACGAUCAAUCUCUAUUAAUUAACUAAAACUCUUAAGAUGUUUGUGGUUGAGAUGUAUUCUAAUUACCUACCUUUACUUAAAUAUUAAUUUGAAAUGUUAUUAUCCCUUAUAUUAUCAGUAUUUAUUGCUCAAGAUAUCGUACCUACAUGAAUGUGAUUGUAAUUAAGUUAAUUGUAAUAAUAAGUUGCAGCAAUAAUCUUGAUGCAAUGUAACAAAAAGUAUUAAUUUCACAAUAUUGUUGUAAAUAUUCUAGUCAAUAAACAUCAAUUGUUAGUAAUAGGUAACUUCACUUUCGCCAAAUUUUUACUUAAUAAUAACUUACUUAAGUCGUAAUAGAUCUGUCAAUUCGAACAUUUUCAUUAUUUGGUUAACAAAAUAUUUUGAUUACAUCAUGAAUGUAUUGUAAUUAAAAAUGUUAUUACUUAAUUUGAAAAACUUAUUAUUUUGCAUGAUUUAUUCUUAAUACGCAAUCAAAAUGAAUGAAUUAUUUUGUCAUACUUCAAUCUAAGUUUAGAAUUAGUAGGAAAAACAAUAAAAAUGUUGAUCAUUAAAACUUGCCUUAUUCACAAUCAAAAUAAAAGACAAAUUUAUUUAAAAAAGCGCACAGUUUAUUACUGGAUCACUAUUUUAUACACUUCCUAGUCCACAAUAGGUAAAACUUUAAAAUCCAACUGUAUAAUAUAAGACUGUUCUUUGGACUAAAUAUUAUUCACUAGAUAAUCUGAAAUUUAUAAUAGUGCUUUCCGUAAUUCAUUAUUUCUCUAGAAUUAAUUAGGAAAAUAAAUCUAGAGCUAAAAGCUAAUAUUGACAAAGAGUGUAUACUAAAAAAACUAUUUAAUCAGCAGUGCUUAAAACAAAACUUAAAAUUCCUAACUUUAAUAGAUAUUUAAUCACUUUUAAAAUAAAAUUGAAACAACGUAAUAAUUUAAACGACUAAAUAUUUUUAUUUUAAUAAUAUUUUAGUUACAAGAGGGUAGGUGAUCACAAUAUUAUUUAUCGACUAAAACUAUAAAUUAUUAAUCUAAUAUAGAUGUAAUUACAUUAUAACCGGCAAAUUCCAUCAUUUAUACAUCAGUUUCCACGGCAUAUUCUUUUCUAUAUGGCACCAAAGUUUUAAUAAGACUCAGUUUAUGUUUUUUUUUCUAUUUACUUUAAUAAAUAUAACACACCAAAAGCUGUCAAUUAUUAAUAAUAUUAUAGUAUACCUUCAUUUAAAAUAAACACAGCAAAACUCUAUAGAACUUUGUAUAUUAAUAAAUCCGAAAUACGUUAUGUAGUGGUAUUUUUUUAGUUCAGGCCAUGUAGAUUUUAAAAACCUCGGAAAAUCUGUCGCUAAUCCUACAUUAAUUCUAAUAUAUUUAAAAUACAAGGAGAAACCACACUUUUUACACUUUACAAUGAUUUAGAAUUAUGCUACGCAAUCCAUCCGUUUUAAAUGCAAUAUUAUAAAUAUUUUAUAGGAAUUGGCAUUUUAUUUACGAGAUGUUAUAAAAAUUUACUUAAUUUUGACUGUUUGAUAAAUCACAGAUAACUUGUAAGGUAAAACAACAGAAUAAAAUUUCCUAAUUUUAUCUGAAACAAAAUUGCUAAUAUAAUUUUGACAAAUAGGUAUGUUUCUAACAAUCAAGAAGUGUUAUCUAUGAAUUUACUAAACAGCCUAUGAGAAUUUAUAUCUCCUGAAACCAUAGGAAUAAAACAAUAGGCAUUUUCUCUAUGAAUACUCAGUACAAAGUACUUCGUUAUUACACCAUAGUUAAAUGUUUACGGUGUGAAAGGGAUCGAUUUUGGCAGAAUCAAAUUCAGUCCAUUUCUGGGUUCAAAAACCCCGGAAAUUCUUGCCGGUAAAUAAUAAUAGUUAAGCACUCUUAAAAAAUACGUGGGUACACAACAAUGUUUGUGAAAAUGUUACGCUGAAAACAAUUAUGAUUUUUUGCUCUAAUAGGUAUACUGACGAACGAACUCGUGUAAAUCAAGAAAAAUAGAAUAAUAAGUAAGUAAAUAAAUAAUUCAGAGAUCUAAAAUAUUAGGUAUAUUUAGAUUUUUGUCAACCAGUCCCUUACAUACCGUUUUGUUAUAAUUAUUAAUUUAUUCUUCUAAUUUUGUUUUCACUAGCUUACUAGCAGUAUGUUAAUAACUAGAGUAGAAGCCUAAAUACUAUUUUUGUUAAUUUAAAAGGCAUUUUUAUAGAAAAGACAACGAUAUACAGGUUAACGACUAGAAGGGUCUCAUUAAAAUAUUACGGCACAUUAAGUGAAAACUACUUUAUAGUUAACUAAAUCUGUGUGAAAUCUAGAAUACUGAAAUAACCUCUGCUUAGACUACAACCAAAGGGUCAUUCCGGCCUAGCUUUAAAUUAACGAUAACUACAAGUAAUCCAGAUCUUAUAUCUUACAAUACUGAAUCUCAUUACAAAAUAAAAGUAAUUACAGGGUGUAAGAAAACUGGCACGAACGUAUAAAUAACCACAUUGGUGGUUAAUUGUAGAUUCAAAUACUAUUAUAGCGCCAAAAAUAUUGGAAACGUCG